AGUGCCGCGGAGUUCACACGGUCGUCGGGGCACCUUGGUUGUAGUUUACGUAGGCACGUUACUUAUUCGUUCACAGGUCUACGCUGUCAAAUCGCCCGCGUCCCAAGAGCCUUCGCGGGAAAUACUGAGAUCCUUGACACUCGCUUCUUAGCCGGGCAAGCCCUGACGGGCACCUCCUAAGCCAAGCCUAAAGAUGUCGUCUGUCAAGACGCUCAACGCGAAUGCAGAGGUCAUGAACAGGGCCGCCGCGCUCUUCAUGAACAUCAACGCGGCAAAGGGCCUUAUGGACGUUAUGCGCAGCAACUAUGGUCCUAAAGGAACGAUUAAGAUGCUGGUCAGUGGAGCGGGUGACAUCAAGCUCACAAAGGACGGGAACGUGCUGCUUCGCGAGAUGCAAAUCCAAAAUCCCACUGCGGUCAUGAUUGCCCGCGCGGCCGUGGCGCAAGACGACAUCACGGGUGACGGCACCACCUCUAUCGUCCUCCUAAUUGGCGAGCUGAUGAAGCAGGCGGAGCGCUUCCUGAGCGAGGGCACGCACCCGCGCGUGCUGGUGGAGGGCUUUGAGACCGCGCGCAAGGCCACGCUGGAGUUCCUGGAGACCUUCAAGCAGCCCCUGCCCACCCCGCCCGCGGCCGCCGAUGCCGACGGCACCGCGCCGCCGGCCGUGGACCGCGAGACGCUGCGCUGCGUGGCGCGCACCAGCCUGCGCACCAAGCUGGCGGAGCCUCUGGCGGACCAGCUGACGGACAUCGUGACGGACAGCGUGCUGAUGGUGCGGCGGCCCAACCAGCCCAUCGACCUGUUCAUGGUUGAGAUCAUGCACAUGCGCCACAAGCUGGACAGCGACACGCGGCUGGUGCGCGGCCUGGUGCUGGACCACGGCAGCCGCCACCCCGACAUGCCCAAGCGCCUGGAGAACUGCUACAUCCUGUCCUGCAACAUCAGCCUGGAGUAUGAGAAGUCCGAGGUCAACAGCGGCUUCUUCUACUCCUCCGCUGACCAGCGCGAGAAGCUGGUGGCGGCGGAGCGGGCCUACACGGAUGAGCGCGUGCACAAGAUCAUCGAGCUCAAGAAGAAGAUCUGCACCGAGGAGAACGGCAAGAGCUUCGUGCUGAUCAACCAGAAGGGCAUCGACCCCAUUAGCCUGGACGCGCUGGCCAAGGAGGGCGUCAUCGCGCUGCGCCGCGCCAAGAAGCGCAACAUGGAGCGCAUCCAGCUGGCGUGCGGCGGCUUCUGCGUCAACAGCGUGGAGGAGCUGGCGGAGGAGGCGCUGGGGCAUGCGGACGAGGUGUACGAGCACGUGCUGGGCGAGGAGAAGUACACGUUCGUGGAGGGCGUGAAGAACCCGCACAGCUGCACCAUCCUCAUCAAGGGCCCCUCCGACCACGUCAUCGCGCAGAUCAAGGACGCCGUGCGCGACGGCCUGCGCGCCGUUAAGAACGGCAUUGACGACGGCGGCGUCAUCCCGGGUGCGGGCGCGUUCGAGGUGGCGGCGGCGCACCACCUGCGGACCGUGACGCGCAAGAGCCUGGCGGGCCGCGCCAAGCUGGGCCUGGACGCGUUUGCGGAGGCGCUGCUGGGCCUGGCCAAGGCGCUUGCGGAGAACAGCGGCCACGACGCGCAGGAGACCAUCAUCAAGCUGCAGGAGGAGCACGAGCGCGGCAACGUGGUGGGUCUGGACGUCGUCACCGGCGAGCCCAUGGACCCGGUGACGGUUGGCGUGUACGACAACUACAUUGUGAAGCGCCAGAUGUUGCAGUCGGCGCCCGUACUAGCGGGGCAGCUGCUGCUGGUGGAUGAGGUGAUGCGCGCCGGCAUCAACAUGCGCAAGCAGUAGAGCGGCAGCGGUGGUGGUAGUGACGGGUUGGGUAAGGUUGCGGGUGUGGGUGAGGGUCUGGCAGAUGGCUGGAUUGGGGCGGCUUGGCAUGGGAUGUGGUUGCUGGCGUUCCUGGGCUCAGAGCGUGCGUACAGGGUGGAAUGCGCCGGGUGCGGCUGCAUAGGGCGUGGCCUCGGAAGACAGCUAACUCGCGUCGAGGCGCUGGGUAGGAAGAGCGGGGGUACGAGGAUCAAAUGGAGCGCGCGAGCUGCUACCCUACGAACGUGAAACGAUGACAUUGGGCAUGGACAAUGGCUAUGGUCUUGAUUGGUGCACUUGGCACAGUGCACUGUGUGUUGGACGUGGCGCGGCUUGCAUUUGGCCCGCGGAUGGGGGCGCAUUCGCUCCACAUAUCCCUUGAUAUUGUAAGCGUACUGGCGU